AGACUGGACUUCCGUUCUCCAUUUUGAAUGACAGCAGAGGCGGAGCUGGCUCUGUCAUGUUCCUUAAGGGCCGAGCUGCGAAGACACCCGGAGGAGAGCUGCGGCGCUCCUCCCGCGGGGGGCGGAAGCUGGCUGAGGUAGCUCCGCCUCCAGCUCUGGGCUCCACCUCCCGGCCUCACUUCCGCCGUGAGACCAUUGCUCGGCGUCGCUGCCGUAAGUCCUGUCGGCGGUUUGCCGCAUCACGAAAUAUGGCGUCCACGGCGGCUACGAUGACCGCGACCAGCGUCUCGGGCUCCGGGCCCGCGGCCAGCUCGGGCGGGAUGUUACAGGCGGCGGCGGGCAUGUACGAGCAACUCAAGGACGAGUGGAACCGGAAGAGCCCGAAUCUUAGUAAAUGUGGAGAAGAGCUGGGUCGCCUGAAGUUGGUUCUGUUGGAGCUCAAUUUCCUGCCAACCACGGGGACCAAACUGACUAAACAGCAGCUCAUUCUGGCCCGUGACAUUCUGGAGAUCGGGGCCCAGUGGAGCAUCCUAUGCAAGGACAUUCCCUCCUUUGAGCGCUACAUGGCCCAGCUCAAAUGCUACUACUUUGAUUACAAAGAACAGCUUCCUGAGUCAGCCUAUAUGCACCAGCUCCUGGGCCUCAAUCUCCUCUUCCUGCUAGGAAACAUCCCCGCCGAAAGCUAUACCUUCUUCAUUGACAUCCUGCUGGAUACUAUCAGGGAUGAAAUCGCAGGGUGCAUUGAGAAGGCCUAUGAGAAAAUCCUUUUUGCUGAGGCUACCCGGAUCCUCUUCUUCAGCACACCCAAAAAGAUGACAGACUAUGCCAAGAAGCGAGGUUGGGUGCUGGGCCCUAACAACUACUACAGCUUUGCCAGCCAGCAGCAGAAGCCAGAAGACAGCACCAUCCCCUCUACUGAACUGGCCAAACAGGUCAUCGAGUAUGCCCGGCAGCUGGAGAUGAUUGUCUGAGCCUCGGCCAGGGUGGUGGAUACGGCUAGUCCAACAAACCCAGUAUAGGCUGGCCUUCAAUAAAGGCAGAUUAACCUUUUAUGGGCCCUAGUCUCCCCAGUGGGAUGGUGGAGAUAAUUGCUCCUGGAGAAUUUGGGAGUUUGGGGGGGGGCCUUUGGGUCCCCUGGGUGAGCGUUUCCCAGUUGUCAUUGCUCUGGGUUGUAAGCAUAGAUGCCCAGUGACCCAGAGGAGAGCACAGGCCCAGAUUGAGGAACUCUUCUAGCCAGCUGUGGAUGCAUUUUGGUACUGGGCCAAGGGACUAGAUUUUUUUUUUUCUAGUGAAACAUCGUGUGUCUCAGUUUUUAAAAAAUGUUGGCCAUGGAUUAAAUAAUUUUUAAAAUGAGACAUGAAACUGACUUUGUGUAUGGACCACCAUUUGAGCCCUCUGUAAUAAAUGCUAUGGGCCCUGAUAUAAUA